AUGACUACUGUUCACAUCACACGCAAACGCAUCCAAAUUGGAUGCUCGAAGCCGACAAACAAAACAGGGAGGGUGAGGUGGCAGUGGUUUGACGGCAAAUUAUUCAUCGACUAUCCGGACAAUCAGAAUAUCAAGAUAGAGGAGGCGUUCUCUAAUAAUGAACACACGUUCAAAAUCGACGAGUAUAGGGUUAUCGACUUUUCUUCAAUGACACAGAUCCGUAUCGAUUUUAGUAACAGAAGCCGGAGAAUCCGCCGAUACAUCGACGAGGCGACUGCGAAGCGAAACGAAGCGGAGAAAAUACAAAAGAUGAAAGAGAAAAAGGAAGAAGAGGACCAGCUUGCUGAGCAGAAGAAGAGAACAAAAUACGACUUUUUGACUAAGGUCGACAUCCCGACGAAGAAAAAGAAGAAGGUGUCAACUGUGUCAACGAAUAAACAAGAAGAUGGCCAACACAUGUUUGUUGAACCCGAUAUCGAUGUCGUGAAAAGUGGAUGUACAAAUGAAGAAGAAGAGAGUCUUAAAAACGAUUUAAUGAAGGCUCCAAGCACAUUUGAGAUCACAAAAUCAAUCACCGAAGACAAAGACCAACUUUUCAGUGAAGAAAUCGAUGCGUUUCUGAUGGAAGAAGACAACAAAACAGAAACAAAAGAAAAAGAGGAAUUGAACAAGACGGACGGGUCACAAAAAAUGGAAGAAGAGCAAGUCAAUGACGAUCUUCUCGAACAGUACGCAACACUGUACGACAUGAUUGAGUACUUGAGAACUCCCGUUUUGGGGUCUUCAACUUUUUUAAUCGACAAAUCUAAACUGUUUUUGAGUGGCGAGGUGAUUCGAGUGAUUGGAGAUAUCGAGCAAACAAUGCAAACCAUUUGCGAGGGUCUUGGUGCGCAGUUUGUGCAGAAAUACUGUUCAUCUGUUAAUUUGUUUGUGAUUGGUGCCAAUCCCAAAAAGGCGUAUGUUAAAAAGUGUUUUGAGAAGGGCCUACCUGUGGUGUCUAUGGCUUGGUUAGACGAGUGUUUGAAGCUGCAAAAAAGUGUUGAAAAAGAGUUGUUUUUGUAUACGUACUGA